AUGCCACAAGACAACGGAGAUAAUAAACACGGUACUAGAUGCGCCGGAGAGGUUGCCGCAGUAGCAUAUAAUCAAUAUUGUGUUGUUGGUAUAGCUUACAAUGCAAGUUUUGGUGGAGUAUGGAUGUUGGACGGCAUUGUAAACGAUGCAGUUGAAGCUAGAGCUUUGGGUUUGAACCCAGAUCACAUUGAUAUAUACAGUGCCUCAUGGGGACCAGAAGACGACGGUAAGACUGUUGAUGGUCCUGGACCGUUAGCUCGGCGGGCGUUUAUUUACGGUGUAACUAGCGGUCGUCGUGGAAAAGGCAGUAUAUUUGUUUGGGCAUCAGGAAACGGCGGAAGACAUACUGACUCUUGGAACUGUGAUGGCUAUACAAACAGCAUUUUCACGUUGUCAAUUUCGAGCGCUACGCAAGGUGGAUAUAAACCUUGGUACCUUGAGGAAUGCUCUUCUACUCAUGCAACUACAUACAGUUCCGGCACACCAGGACAUGAUAAGAGUGUAACUACAGUUGAUAUGGAUGGACGAUUGAGAUCCGAUCAUAUAUGUACAGUGGAAUAUACGGUUGAUCCAGUAAGACUACGAAGCAAAAUACCAUCAGCUAUCGCACCUCCUUUCGCAUUUCCUACAUCCGUUGACUGCUAUGAUUCAGCUGGAGAUUCUUUUUACAAUACUGACGUGUUUUCCAAGUACCAAAACUUUUUCAGUUUAUUCGCAGUCAGUUCAGAUCUGGACAAAGCGAUAGCCCAACUCGACGGACAUAAUGUCACUUCACCGCAUGGGGAGAAUGUUCUCGCUGAUAGCAAUGACAAACGCGUCCAGCAUGAAUAUGACCUAGAAUGA